CCCUCAACAGGAACGGGAGUCGGUGCCCUUAAUGCCAGCGGUGGCAGAGGAGUCGGCAGACCUGCGCGGACAAGGACCACACCAAACCCCCGGUGCUCCGCGUGUGGUGCAUUGCCUUCAUACGGAAACCAGAAUAAGAGACUCUGCCUGGAGGACAGGCGCCCGCGAUGGGCGUGCAGGGCGCGCUGCUACCACGGGUUCAACAAGGAUCUCCAACAGAAGUGCUGCGAGUGCCACGAAAGCAUCAAGACGUGGUGCGAGUGCAAAAGCUGCUCAAGGAAAACACGGGCGGUGCCACGAGCCGACCGGGUAUCAAGGGGUACCGGUUUGGUCGCCGGGUUGGGGGGCGGUAGGGGACGAGGAGCUCCGCGGCAUGUACCCCUGAGCUUGAUUCGCUUGCCCGCAGCGGAUAAUGCUGUAAAC